AGCACUCGCUGACGUAGUUUUAGGGGGCAUUGUUGAAGCAGGGGAGAGCGUGUGCUGAACAGCUUGUGCAGAUUUUAAAUAGCGUUUUUGAGGUGUAGUAUUGUUUAGGCAUGAAUAAGCAGGGCAUUUAAUAUAAGGCAUUUCGAACAGCUACAACGCUAUAGGGGCCACAGUUAGAUAGAGACACACUAGUCGUAAAACAAAGCAUUUGGCCAGACUGCGCGUUAGCAAAGCUAACAGUUCCUUAUACUCACAAGAGACACACAAAGGAAAUGCGGUCGAUUGGUUUGAAAAUAUUAACGUUAACAGGACUUAUCUAAAUGGUCGAAGGGGAUAAUAACUGAUCUCCAAAUACUUCGCAACACAGACAAUAUCUCAGUCUCUGGUGUAACUUGCAGUCUGUGGGACGGUUUUUGUCAAAAACAGGAACACCUCAGAUGUGACUCGCGAUUGUGGAUUUGUCAGCCUAUUAAUAAUAUUUUAUCUGACUUCGACAUUUUGAUCAACUGCAUUGCUAGCUCGUUGAGUGCUAACCAGUUACACUAGUACGGCUUUUCAUGCUAACCAGUGUUAUGUGAAGAAUGAAGCUGCCAUUAUGGCGAUAAUCGUGAAAAGAAAGAUGCUAAGAGACCCAUAUCCUGAAAGAAAAAGAAGGUAGCUAACUGCGAGCUAGCUAACGCUUAGCGAAGUAGCCGCCCGGCUAGUUGUUAGCUGGUCGUUCAUCUCUUUCUUCUGGGGUUUAACGUGACUGUACCCGACUAUCUAAGAAGCGGGUUCGUGUGUAUAUAGAAAAUUAGGAUAACGAUACAGAGUUUAGAAUAGGGUGUAGCAUUUAGCUUGUGACUAACAGGCUAACUAGUUAGCCGAGUUCAAGCUAACGUUGUAGCUACCCAUCACAAAGUGACGACAGUUAGCUCUUAUUGCUGCCGAGUUUAAGUGACAGGAAGGGAACGAACAGGGGUUAUUUUUCUUCGAGAAUAACAAUGGCAACCCCCUCAAACGAGACCUUGUUUCUGAUCAAGGAUGUUAAGCCCGGGUCGAAAAAUUUGAAUAUCGUAUUCAUCGUUUUGGAAAUAGGACGAGUAACCAAAACGAAAGAUGGUCAUGAGGUGCGCUCGUGCAAGGUGGCCGACAAGAGCGGGAGUAUUGCCAUCUCUGUUUGGGAUGAACUCGGCAGCCUUAUCCAGCCAGGGGACAUCAUCAAGCUGACCAGAGGCUAUGCAUCCAUAUGGAAAGGGUGCCUAACCCUAUACACUGGAAGAGGAGGGGAUCUACAGAAGAUUGGAGAGUUCUGCAUGGUGUAUUCAGAAGUGCCCAACUUCAGUGAACCAAACCCAGAGCUGCUAGCCCAAGCUAACCAGCAGAACAAGUCUGGGAAACCAGACCAGAAUCAGAGGGGGAACUCUCCACCCAAUCAGAAUUCAGGUACAUCUGCCCCACCAGGUAAUGGUGCCAUGCCGCCAUUUGCCAACAACAACAACCCACCCUCUGGGGCACCCCGUGACCCUGCGUUUGGCAAUGUCGGGCGACCCAACGGUCGGUCGCCCGGCAACGGAGCGCCUCCUGUUUCUGUUUCUGGACCCCCAGCAGCUGCAAAGUCCUCAGUUACCAUUAGCAACGGCAGGGACCCACGCCGUGCCAAGAGAUGAAAUUGGGGUUCGGGGGAAGGAUCAUGUGGGGAAAAUUAUGGACAUCCUCAUUUCCCCCUGCCCCCUUUUUUUUAGCCUUUCUGAGCCCUCCCGAUCACAGCCUAGAUUGGCUUUCAGAAUAAUGAUUUCAAUUAGAGACUAUUUGUGUAAUUUUUAUACAGGCUUACAAAGUCAUGUGUCGUCUGUCGUGCGUAGUGCGAGUAGUGCGCUCAGCAAGCAGCACAGUGUGAUUGUGAUCUACCACUUGAUGCACUAGCAGGACUUCUUGUAUAGUCGAGCCUUGAUGGUUGAGUUGUGGUCAGCCUUCUCAGUCUACACCCAUGUCCUCUAAAUCUCACUGCAAAUUGCCAGUUCUGUGCCAGUGUUACCCCACACACUGUCCUACCUGCUUCCCUGUUCGAACUACACACCCUACUUGAACACUUGAUGCACUUUCUUCUCUUAAUUUAUGUCGGGGGCAAACAUGGCUGUCAUUUAAAUCAGGAGAUCAGUUUCUGCUUUUUAGUGGAAAAUAGGCCUUAAGUUAGUGAAAACGGAGUUUGUGGACUGAAUGCACAUGCAAAAUUCUUAAAAGGGUCUUCCCUCUCUUAACCAAACUGUAUCCGAAGUGACUCUGUGAAAGGAAAGGUGUUAGUUUUGAAUUUUUAAACUGUUUUUCCUUAAGACAUGUUUUUCUUGUUUGCCAUCAAUUGUACCUUCAUCAAGGUGGGACCACGUAAAUACUGGCAAAAUGGUUCACCAAAUAAAUUUUACAGUAAUACUGCCA